AUGGUUAGUAGCAGUGGUACUGCUGGGGUUAGUAGCAGUGGUACUGCUGGGGUUAGUAGCAGUGGUACUGCUGGGGUUAGUAGCAGUGGUACUGCUGGGGUUAGUAGCAGUGGUACUGCUGGGGUUAGUAGCAGUGGUACUGCUGGGGUUAGUAGCAAUGGUACUGCUGGGGUUAGUAGCAGUGGUACUGCUGGGGUUAGUAGCAGUGGUACUGCUGGGGUUAGUAGCAGUGGUACUGCUGGGGUUAGUAGCAGUGGUACUGCUGGGGUUAGUAGCAGUGGUACUGCUGGGGUUAGUAGCAGUGGUACUGCUGGGGUUAGUAGCAGUGGUACUGCUGGGGUUAGUAGCAAUGGUACUGCUGGGGUUAGUAGCAGUGGUACUGCUGGGGUUAGUAGCAGUGGUACUGCUGGGGUUAAUAACAAUGGUACUGCUGGGGUUAGUAGCAAUGGUACUGCUGGGGUUAGUAGCAAUGGUACUGCUGGGGUUAGUAGCAGUGGUACUGCUGGGGUUAGUAGCAAUGGUACUGCUGGGGUUAGUAGCAGUGGUACUGCUGGGGUUAAUAGCAGUGGUACUGCUGGGGUUAGUAGCAAUGGUACUGCUGGGGUUAGUAGCAAUGGUGCUGCUGGGGUUAGUAGCAGUGGUACUGCUGGGGUUAAUAGCAGUGGUACUGCUGGGGUUAGUAGCAGUGGUACUGCUGGGGUUAAUAGCUGGGUUAGUAGAACAGAAGUAACUCGGUCAACACAAGCGAGGUUCCAGCAGGUCACUGUGUCUGCUUCCUCUGCUGGAGUGUUGUCUAAUCUGAGUUGA